CUCUCGUCGAUGAUACUUUGGAAAUACUUGGAAAAACAAAACAUAGGUGGUGACUCUCUCGUUCAGAGUUGUCCUUCGUCCUGCUUUUUGUUCGACCGGCAUUUCAACACAUGGAACGGAUACACAGCAGUCUCGAGAAAAGACCUUCACGGUUUCUUUCACCGUAUCGAGUCGCUUCAUAACUCGGUGAAAAUCGUGGUGAAACACACUCUUGAUCAUUGGAUGAAAAUCGCUGGCAUUAUCGUGCAUCUUCUUUUCACAUUGUCGUCGCGUUUUUGUGUUCAGACGGAAGUGAAUAAACGGUCUCGUAAUAUCUACGAGUUUCAGUUUCUCAAUUUGCAUAGAGAACAAAAAAGAGAAGAUUUCGCAAGGAGCCGAAUAUUGUACUUCCCGGAAGAAGGAACACUCGAAGCUCAAGCACGAUAUUCAACGAGGAUUGUUUCGCUUUGUUACCUCCCUUUAUGUAAGAAAACAGGAGGAACUGAGGACAGCUUGUUACUAGAUGAAAGAUUAUCGCGAUCCUCGGUGGGAAUGGUCACAAGAGGAAACGAGACACCUGUGAAUAAAAACAAUGGCCGCCGUGUUUCGAAAGUCUCUCGCGUUUGUUUACCCCCUUUUCCACCCUCGAUCUCGAGUCUAAUAACAAUUACUCGUUAUGCUCGUUAAUUAAUCGUGCUAUCAAUUGAUUCACACCUUAUCGCGGUUUUAUAUUGUACUCGCAUACGAAGUGUUGAAAUUAUGAAUUAUGACUCUUUGUUAAAAUGACGAUAAAAUGACAAAGUUCGAGAUUGUUGCAAAUUUUUUAUUUGCGAAUUACGCCUCGUGAAAAUAUUUAGAGAAGAUAUGUAACAUUUCAUUGUAUACAAUUUUACAUGUAUAAAAUUUGUGAGAUGACAGUUUGAGAUCUAUUGAAAAUAUUGUUUUAAAUAUACUUUUAUAUCCUUUAUCAAAAUUAUCGAUGUUGUAUGUACGAUUAUGCAAAUGUAUGUAUGGGAUAAUUGAAAAGCGUCGAGAAAAUUAUUAAAACGAUGAUUACUUAUCGGCUACUUCAUUAUAGAAGAUCGUGCCCGUGUUGAUAGAUUAAUGGAAGGAUGCCUGGUUUAUCUCAUCCCGUCGGGCUGAGAACAGGCGAAGGAUUUAAGAUUGUCGCAUUAGGAAGACGAUUUUAAUUAAUUGGACGAGCGAGUACGUCGUAUUCCCUUUGCGCCUCUUAUAUUAUUCUUGAGAUGACGAUCAAUUUUGUUUCGAAUUUUUAACACACCGUUAUUAUAAUCUCUUCGACAAUUGUUUCAUUACUUUUCAUUUAUAAGCCUCGAUUCGGACUAUGUGAAACGAUCAAUAAAAAUAGGAUAAAUUUGAGAGCCUCUGGUUUAGCCCGAGGUACAGAAACUGUUGUGAGCCUGUGGCUCGCUAUGUGACCCGGAGAGCAAGGACCUCUGGUCCUUGACGAGUUCGAGUCCGCCACUUCUUCUCUUUUUCUUAUUUUCUCCUCUUAUCUUUUAUUUUUCUCCCUUUUGCCGGACUCUCCCGUGUGUCUUAUCCCACCGGUCCUUUAGGUCCUUUUUAAUUGUUUUAUCGUCGCUCCAUCUCUCUCCUCGUUAAAACACACUCGCUCUCAUUAGGUCGCUUCAUCGAG